CCUUACCUUACCCUUACGCUUGGCCCUUUUCUUUGUAUUUCCUCUUUUCGAGUUUCAUCUUCUUCUUAAGCUGGCAGAUUACUCUUUUUGCGUCGUUCCUUCAAAAACAUAAAAUACAUCUAUACACACACAUAUAUAUUCUCUUGACCCUAAAGAUAGAGGUGUCGACUGAUAAGCAUUUAGAGGGGAACGGUUAUACCUUUAUCAACCUCGUCCAAGAACGAACACUCUAACACACUCAACAUGGGUUCAAUCUCACCAUCGACCAAACGUGCCAUCACGGCCUCGGACAUUGACAAUCUCCAAACCCUGCUGAAAGAUACGUCCGCCAAGGUCCUCGCGCCGACGGACGAGGGCUACGAGAAGAGUAUCCACCGCUGGUCCCGCGCCGCAGAGAAACCGGCGGGGGCCGUCUUGACCCCGACGUCCGCGCAAGAAGUCAGCGUCGCGCUCAAGUACGCGAGCGAGAAGGGCAUCGACGUCGCCGUCAAGGGAGGCGGGCACAGCACGGCGGGCGUGAGCAGCACCGACGGCGGACUGCUGGUCGACCUCAACGCCAAGAUGCGCGGGGUCAGCGUCGCGGAUUGGGAAGGCGGAGUCAAGGCGUUCAAGGUCCAGGGCGGAGCGACGUGGGGGGACGUCGACCAGGAAGGGGUCAAGUUUGGCCUCGCGACUGUGGGAGGUACGGUCGCAGAUACUGGCGUAGGUGGUCUCGUACUUGGCGGCGGUUAUGGAUGGCUCACGGGGCAACAUGGUCUCUCGAUCGAUUGUAUGCUCGAAUGCACCGUGGUCCUUGCAAACGGUGACAUCGUCAAGGCGAACCCCAAGGAGAACGCAGAUCUCUUCUGGGCUCUGCAGGGCGCGGGCCAGAACUUUGGAGCCGUCACCGAGUUCGUACUGAAGGCUUUCGAGCAGGGCGACGUCUGGGCUGGACUCCUGAUCUUCCCACCGACACCUGAAAUCAUAACGAAGGUUGUCGACGCCACCAACAGGCUCUACACUCCGGACGCGAACGGAAAGACAAAAGUUGCCGGCAGGGGCACCGGAGGUAUCGCCAUCGCCAGGCCUCCACCCGCGGGCGGACAGGUCAUGAUCCUGGUGAGUGUCAUAUACUUCGGCACGGAGCAGGAGGCCAAGACCAUGUACAAGGAGCUUUAUGAUCUGGGGGCGCCGGUCGACACGACGGCCAUGGUCCCAUACCCGACCGUCAACACCCUCUUGGCGCCGCCGAUCGGGAUGCGUGCGAGCAUGAAGGGAGCGGCGUUCAGCAUGCCAGUCCGCACCGACUUUGUGCUGGAGAUGCUCGAGAACUAUGUCGCCUUCACGGACCCCGAUCCGGAUACGCACGUGAGCAUCAUCUUGUGGGAGAUUUUCGACCCCCUGAAGGUGGUCCAGGAGAAGAACGUUGGCAGCUUUGCGAAUAGAGGUUGGCACUUGAACGGCCUGAUUUUACCCAUGUGGAACAAACAAGAGAACGACGCCAAGUGUAGACAGUGGGCUCGGGAUGUCAACGAAAAGUUCAAGGCCGAACUGGAGAGACAGGGGAAAGAGACGGGCAAAGGUGUCGAGGGUGGUGUUGGAUUGAGAGGUGACAAAGGGGCCGUGUUGCUCUAUGGAAAUUAUGAUCAAUAUGAUGAGAGAUCCAGGGAUAUCUUUGGAGAGAAUUAUGCAAAACUUCAAGGGUUGAAGGCGAAAUAUGAUCCUGGAAGCACAUUCAAUAAACUCUUUGCUAUCGCUCCUCAGUCUUGAAGGCAGGGAGAAACUAGGCUGCCGCCAUCAGUCCAAGUAGAAUAUAAAUGAUACAUUGUCC